AUGGCGCCCAUCCUCUCCUUCGUCCCACGGGUUCCCACCCCUGGAAUCCCCAUCGCCAUCUUCUCCGCCAAGCCCAGCCGGAAAAGUUCAAACCGAACAGCCACGCCACCCAUCGCCGGGCCCCCAGAGGACGCCGCCGCCGCCGCCGCCCACUUUACCUGCGACGAGUCCCACCCCUACCGCAUCGAGAUCAUCUCUGCCUCGCCCCUCGUCAUCUACAUGCACAACUUCACCUCGGCCCGCGAGGCCGCCGCGCUCGUGCGCGCCGGCGAGCCCCUCCUGGCCCCAUCGCGCGUGGACCAGCCCGGCGGGCACCGACAGGUGGCGACGGCGCGGCGCAC